UGGACUCGGCAUUUGAUGGCCUUAUGGCACAGGAAACGGCAGAGCUGGCUGUUGGCCCUGUUUAUCUCAAAGUUUGCCUAUUCAGAAGAGUAUGGAAAUGAGCAGCACAUAAAGAAGGACUGGCUUUGCUUUGUACUGAAGAAUGUUACGCACCUGAAUCUCUCUUGCAGAGAGCUCUCAAGUCCUGGGAUGGUAGAAGGAAGAGAUCUAGAGACUGUUCAGCAAGAGACAGAAUCCAGGAUGGAAGCUGCAUUAUGUAACAAUUCGGAGGAACCUCCCACUUCAGCCGUCUUGCUAGACUGCCGUGCCUUCAAUCAGGUCAUCUUCACAGACAUAGACAAAUACUAUGUCCCUGGAGCAGAUAUAACUUGCCAUUACAACAUUUCUCGGCACAUCACCCCACGCCGGAAGGACUGGGUGGGCAUAUUCAGGGUGGGGUGGAAGACCGCUCGCGAAUACUUCACGUUUGUGUGGGCGCCUUUGCCAAGGAACCCCGACAGCAGCGACGACGAACUUCAGGAGGUGCUCUUUAAAGCCUACUACCUGCCAAAGGACGAUGAAUAUUACCAGUUUUGUUACGUGGACCAGGACGGCCUCGUCCGUGGAGCCAGCGUCCCCUUCCAGUUCCGUGCAGAGACCGAGGAUGACAUGUUGGUGGUUACCACGCAGGGAGAAGUGGAGGAGAUCGAGCAGCAAAACAAAACUUUGCUUCAGGAAAACCAGAAACUGAAGGAAAACCUUACAAGCCUUCAGAACCAGAAUGAGGACCUGCAGGAGAAACUCAAAGCAGCAGAGGAAAAAGCACAGGAGCUUGAAGAUAAAGUCCAUUUGUUGCAGACUGGGACCAUGGAGCUCCAGAGAGCUCAGGAUCUGCAGGCUUUACAGAUGACCUCUGCUCAGACGGAGUUGGCGGCAGUUACAGAAAACAGUAGCAAACUGCAAAAGGAAAAGGAGGAUCUGCAGAGGAACUUGGAUACUUUAAGGAGCAGCAAUGAGAAUCUCGAGGUAGAAGUGAAUAUUCUCAAACAGAAGUUUGCAGCUCUGGAAAUGCAGAACAGCUCCACCGACGAAGAACUGUGCCAAGCCAAAGAAGAAAACAAAAAGGUGUUGGCUGAAAAGGAGCAGCUGGAAAAGAAGCUGAGAAACACCCUGAAGUGUGUGGAUCAACUUCAGUCCCAAGUGCAGAGUCAACAGAACAAAGUGGAAGAUCUGCAAGGAGCAGUUCAAGACAAAGCAAGGCACCUGGAGCAGCUGAAGGAGGAGAAUUAUCAAUUAAAUGCUGCGUUGCUUAGACAGCAAAAUUUGGAGAAGAAACUGGAAGAGGAAGCUCUUUCACAUCAGACCCUGCAGAAGGAAAUGAAUGAAAUGGAAAAGGAGAACAAGAGAUUAAGGCGGGAGAAUGAGGAACUGAUGGUGCACCUUCCUGAAAUUCUGGAUCAUCCACCUGGGGUCCUAACCCAGUCACCAGAAAACUCAGUCCUGGUGUAUGGAAAUCCCUAUACUGUAAACCCAGCAAUUCCUGAGACAGAGUUGGUCUCUGUGAGAAAAUGUCCCAUGUGCAACGAAGUCUUCCCUAAUGACAUCGGGGAGCAGCAGUAUUCAGAUCAUGUGCGGAGCCACCUUCUGGAGUGUCCGUACUGUGAGGAGAGCUUUGACAACUCCAAUAAGCAAGUGUAUGACGACCAUGUCUACUGCCACGGCUUAGACUAAAUUUCGGUCUACUUGCAUAAGCUACAAAGGAAUAGUGCCUCUUUAUCUUACCCCACUCCCCCCCCCCCCCUUUUCAAUGUUAUGACAGAGACUGGCACAGAAGGAUUUCUGCUGCUGUUAGACUUGCCAUGCCAGGAGAAAACCUGUUGCUGGGACUACAGCAUUGUUCAUUUCCUUCCAUCUGUUAUGCACACCUGUUAAAUGCUAAAUGCACUAUGCUUCUGCUAUGGAAAAGGACACA